AAAAGGGGGCCGUUGCAAAGGCGUAUCUCCUCGACCUUCAAGUUUCAACGGAAGUAAACAAGACCAGGACCGCCAUUAAGGAGGCGAGGUAGUGGAGAAUAGAUAAAAUAUGUCUACCCAGGAUCAGUCCAACGUGGAGAACAAGGCCAAACAGUCCAAGUUCAACCAGAAGUUCAAGCAGCAGCGACUCCCAGCAUGGCAGCCCAUCCUCACCGCAGACACCGUGCUGCCCGCCUUCUUCCUCAUCGGCCUGCUCUUCGUGCCCCUCGGAGCAGCCCUUCUCUUCUUCUCCCGUAGUGUUCAAGAGAUGCAGCUGGACUACACCGACUGCAUGAGCACCAGCCACUCGGACAGCGGGCAACCUGUGCGCUGCAGUGAUGUGAUCAGCAGAGAGAUCAUGGACAGCUGUACCUGCAAAAUCAACUUUACCAUCUCCGAAAUGUUUGAGAAGAAUGUGUAUCUCUACUAUGGGCUGGACAACUUCUACCAGAACCAUCGUCGUUACGUGAAGUCCCGUGACGACAACCAGCUGCUGGGGAAAGAGAUCACGUCCGUCAGCAACGACUGCAAUCCCUACGGGUCUUACGAUGGGAAAAUAUUCGCCCCAUGUGGCGCCAUUGCUAACUCCAUGUUCAACGACUCCCUGAAGCUGUUCACCACGGGGACAGUGAGCGAACUGAAGCUGAUCAAGACUGAUAUUGCUUGGCCUUCGGACCGCAAGAUUAAGUUCAACAACCCGCCGGGAUCACUCGAUGACCAGGGAGCCUUCAAGAAUACCCUGAAGCCUCCGUACUGGACCAAGAGCGUGUGGCAGUUAAGCGACGACCCCCAAAACAACGGCUACAAAAAUGAGGACCUUAUUGUGUGGAUGCGCAGCGCUGCCUUCCCUACCUUCCGCAAACUCUACGGCAAGAUUGACCACAGCAUGACCGGCUUCAAGUAUGGCUUCCCCGAGGGUGUGUACUCGCUGGAGGUGCAGUACAAUUACCCGGUGGACUCCUUUGGCGGCCGCAAGCGCAUGAUCCUCUCCACCACGAGUUUCCUGGGCGGCAAGAACAACUUCCUGGGUAUUGCCUACAUCACCGUGGGCUGCAUCUGCCUCCUGCUGGGCAUCAUCUUCCUCAUCAUCCACAUCAAGUUUGGCAAGAGGGCCGUGGAUCAGCUGAACAUCAACCAAAACACCCCUUAUAGCGACUAGCCCAGAGCUGUGCACCUCUAACCAGUCCAGCGCAGCACUGAGGGAUGGUUGGUUCUAACUGGUACAGCAUUUCUACAAGCUGCACAGCUGAUAACAACAGCAGGCUAUCAGGCAGAAGGGAUCACAGAGCUACUGAUGCAUUUGAAGUGUAAUGUACAGUGUGCUUCAGUAUUUUAAGAAAAUGAUGACUGAACAACGAUAGUUAAUUCAGAAUUACUUUGAGCAUAAACUCACAUCCACUUACAGAUUUUUUAUAUUACUGGGAAAUGUGAAUUUAAUUAUGAGAGGUAUAACAUAAAGAUGUCAAUUUAUUGAACAAAAAGCUCCCCCAUGAUGAGUAAUAGUGUGCUAAGUAAGCCGUUAACAAGCACUUUGUGGAGCUUCCCUGACAAGUAAAUUAUUUAUCAUUGUCAAGGUUUGGGGUACACAGUCGUGGGGCGUGGAGUCAAGAUAAUUACAACGAUCCCUGAUGAAAAUAUGACACAACUGUAUUGAAAAUUACAAUUUUUAAUUACUUUGUAACUGGUGUGUGCAGCAGACUGUCCAUCCCAUAUUAACCUACUUUUGACAAAGUAAAUGAGCAAGUGUCAGCAAUGACUAGAAAUGGUCACACACAGUCUGUGUAGCAGAUGAAACUAAGCACAAAGCAAGUGUCUGAAGACACUCCAUACCUCACCUGCUCUAAGCAGUCAUGUGAUAAGUCUUACAGGCUUAAACACACCAGGAGAAUGUUCUCCUCCCCAACAGUCACCCGGUAUGUCUGGCCUCCCGCACACCCUUCACCUGCAGUGUAUCUCAGCCGUGGCUCUUAGGAAUGUGAGCCUAGUAGUGAUCAGUACUUGACACGGGAGCCAGGACCCACAAGAUGUAAUCUGUUGUUAUAUAACCAAUCACUCAUUGUUAAAAUCAUGUUCAUCAUUGUUCUGAACCCAUCUUAAGGGGAGGAGGCAGAAACUCAUGAAGUGUGAGUAAUAAAUCAAUGAGUCAUAUGACAGGGGGCCUCCUUCACACAGCUAUCAAGGUAGUAAAAAUAAAGUUGGGGCUACAGUGUAGCCACACUGUGUCUGUGCUCCUCUCUGUAACCUCAGCUCUGCAGGCAGCAGCAAACACUCACCAAGGUCUGUGAAAUUUUCCAAGAUCUCGAGUGUUCUCAUCACACGCAUGGACAGACUGCUUUGUUUCAUCCAGUAGUGUUAUUGAAGGAGCCAAACAUGCAAGCAAAACACUGAUAACAUAGUGCAGCACCUCUGUCUCUCUGAAUUGGUUGUGCUGUUUCACUGCCACUUUUGGAAGCAGAAAAUCAUAAUUCUGUUUUGUUAUGAUGAAGGCAGGCAGGUGGGUCCAGGUGAUGGGAUAACAUGAGUGACUGAUUUAAAAAUAUAUAUGAGUAUUCUAGUGUCACUGUGCACCAUUCAUUGUCAUUAUUUGAAUAUCUAUUUUUCCUUGAUGUUACAUGAAAUUGACAUGAGUUGAUGACGCUUGUUUCGUGGUGAUGCUCCACAGUAAUAUCUGAGGCCAUCGCAAAGACUGUAAAGGUGGAGCGAACAGAACGACUCUGAGUCUUUUCUUUAUAUUGGGAAAGACUGUCCAAAUGCAUCAAGGCUUUGCUGUCAAUGUUUAGUAUUGUGUGCUUAUGAGAUCAAAUGUACUUAACCAUCAUGUACUUUGUGUGUGUGUGUGUGUGUGUGUUGCAUACUCGUACAUGUGCAUGCAUGAAUGUGUACGCUUGUGGUAGAAUUCCUUCUCUUUCAGAUUGGCAUGCAGUACCAAUAUUAACCAUGUAUAUCUAUAUUGCCAUGGGCUUUGAAGUACCUAAUGAAAUUCGCUUAAUUCCUUAGGAUUUAUACAAGCAGGUGCAUAGGAAUAUUCCUACUCAGCAAGUUAUACAUAUGUAGUGCAAAAUUUGGCAGGCAGUCAUUUAUUAGCAGAAUUCAUCAGUUUUAGCUUAAGGGAGUUGUUAGUCCACUCAAAGAUUUAUCAGCUGACCAAUGCUGCAGCUGCCUUGGAAAGCUAUCAUACAAAUUACACUCAGCCCGUUAGCAUAAUCACAUCAUAAAUAUGCAACUCUACCAGAAGAUAUAUAUUUACAGGCUGCAUAAAGCUGAGAUGAAUAUGAUGAUAUACAUUUUAACUCCUUUUGGUCUGGUAAGUUUAAGUUAAGGGCCGGUAAUUCGCAUAGAAAAGACUGUUGUUCACUCAUAUUCCGCAGCUAGAAGGUUAAGUAAGGCCAUCAGCCCUCAGUAAAGUGGAAAGACACAAUGGUAGAAUGCUUGAGGGAGAGAAGGAAUAGGAUAGUGAGAGGAGUGAGCACGCAAGGAGAGUGUUUGGUGACGAGCAAAUGGAGAGAAUUCUAAUGUGAGUUCCUGGUAAUGGUCAUCAGAAUAGGCAGGCAUUGUAUUAGCUUAGAAGUAAAGAAAAAUUAGCAUCACGGCAAAUCAGAUAUCAUAUGUUAUCAAUUUUUAUUAAUCUCAUUUCAGUAUAUUUGGCUUGAUUUUAAGAUGUUGGAGAUUAUGUCAGGGAUAGUUUUUGUCCAAGAAAGUUGUUUAUUGUUUCAGAAAAUCCAUAUUAUCAGAUCAUUCAUUGUCGACACGCUUGGUAAUGUUUGUGUUUACAGUUUUGCAUGGAAGUGUUCUGGUAUGUGUGUGUGUCAUGUACAGGAAAACAUAUAGAUAGUUCAAUGUGAUAGUCCAUGUUCCUGAGUGAUUUAAGAAAAGUAUAUAUAUUAAUUUAUUACUAAUGAAUCCCAUCACCCACUAUUUUUGGGGUUUAGCAAAUACUGCAUCGGGUCUUUGUGUAUAAAUGUUGAUGGAUGGCCGCCCAAGAAAUAGACUGAUUUUUGUCGCCAUUGCUGAAAAAAUAUACUGUUGCAGGUUAUGCUAGACAUUUUCUCUUUAUUAAUUAAUGUCUCGGGUUUUUGUUACUGAUAAAUCCUAAAAGGCAAGGAAGUGGUAUCAGUAUAAAUUAGCUUUUUGUUGGCAGCCAUUACUAAAAGAUACUUACACUGAAACAAAACAGGUUGAGAAUUAGACAAAAACACCAAUUUUUGUCUUACAUAUUUAGUAUUUUAAAUAUCCCCUAAGUCCUGCACAUUCCAUUAUUUUACCAAAGAAUUUUAGGUUUGGUUUGGGCGCCGUCCCCAGAGCUCUGCUGCGUCUCCACCAGCUGGACGUGUUCUUCCCUGGACAGUUCACGCUUGUGUUGAGGCAGUCUGAGCAAAGGCUUAGGGAACACAGACAUGCCAGUAGAUCAUGCGGAAAAAUUAUAUCUAAACAAAAAGGUAUUUUGUUUCACCUGCAUCAGUAAAAAAAUUGUGUAUGCCACUUAAGUGUGUAAAAACAGUCUGAAUAUGAAUAUUUUACUCACUUUCUUCCUCUUAGUGUCUUUAGUUGGUGUUGGUUAUUAUAGUAAUGCUUUAUUGUGAUGAUUGUUAAUGCCUAUAGUUUCAUAUAUAUAUUAUCAAAUUACAUUUAUAUCUCUCUGUUCAAGUACUGUAUGAUAUCUAGUCAAAUAAACUACAUAAUGUUUAAAA